GUCAUCUUCACCAGCGUCGAACGGCGCUUUCAAUCGUCGUCCUGGGGUCGCCGUCGCGAUCCAUCCACGAUCUAUCCUAUCGGAAAUCGUCGGAUUCGUCGAUUUCGAACUGUUAUUGGGAUAAUUCUUCCGGAAGUGAUCUAAGUUGUGUAUCGGAUGUUAAUCGAAGAUCAGUGAAUCAAUUGGACUGUUUUAAGAUUAAAAAACUUUCAGACAAAAAUUUAACGAAUUGAACAGGAAGUUCGAGGAAAAAUCAGUGAAUCAACCGGACUGUUUUGAGAUUAAAAACUUUUGGAUAAAAUUUAACGAAUUAAACAGAAAGUUUGAGAAAGAAUUAGGGAAGAAUCAAUUUUGAUAAGUGUAAAAGAUAUUUCGGUGCAUAAGAAUUGAUAUUAAUGAUUAUAAUGUUUAAGCAAUAUCACUCUUGAUACAGAAUGAUUCUUCGAGAUUUGGAACUUGCAGAUUAUUAACUAUCAGAAAAUUUUUAGAUUUAUGUUUCGAUGAUUACGAGCAAAUUAAAAAAAAAAUGAAAUGAAAGGACUAGUUCAAUAAAGUGCAAGAUGUCGGUGAUUAUAAAUAUGAAAUGUGUGAAACGAUUAGAGGAUUGAAACGACGGAUGUUGACAAUGCCAUCGGUCAGUCAGGAUUAUGUAAAGUUAAUUACUGAAGUGUCGAGUACCAAAUCAUCGCAAAAAAAUCAUUUUUGCGAAGAUGAAGUCCCUUGAACUUGAUGAAGUCAAUUCGUGUCGUCAUGCGUGUGAUUUGAAAUUAUUCGCGAUAAAUUUGAACAAUUAUUAAGGACUUAACUGUAUGAAGAACGCGCACCGUAAUUGGGACGUAAUGGAAAUGAAUUUUGUUUAAAUCUUAAAGUAUAUUCGAUGUUAGAUACUUUCGAUAAUUAAUCGGAAGUUGGUGAAAGUGUUCGGGCUGGUAGAAAGAAAAAGUUGUGUUGUGGCUGUAUUGCUGGGGUCAAUUAAACAGCGACAUUUUUACAUUUUCUGUCUACCAUGCAACCGUUUGCAACAGGUAGUGCAAUGGCGACCGAGACACCAACAAGUCUGUCACCUGAGAGGGUAACUUCCCCGACGCCUUGUCGAAAUCUUACCUUUUCAAUCGCUAAGAUUAUGGAACCAGACAAACGAUUGACCGAGCAGAAUGCUAAUCCGGUGCCUCCACCACCGCCAGCAGUACCAGCGACGACGACGACAACGAUUCUUCAACAACUGCCAAACAUCUCUCCAUCAUACUCGGCGCAUUUGAAGUCAGCGUUCGAGAAGUACGUACCGACCUUGAGGCAUCAAGAUCUUCUCCAGCAUUAUCCCGUAUUGUCUAAAUACUAUCCACUGUACUAUCCGAAUCCCUUACUAAGGGCCUUCCCAGGCCCUCCCGCUUCGACCCCAUCGGUCACGCAGAGUUCGCCACCUCCCACGACCAUUCAGGAGGCUCCCUCGAGACUGAAUAUAACUAGCAUAUCGCCGGAAAAUCAGCGUGGCAAGAAGAGUCCGGCGCCGCGCAGUGAACUCGGUACCGCGAACAAGCAAAAGACUUUCACUUGCCCAGAAUGCGGCAAGGUGUUCAAUGCGCAUUAUAAUCUGACUAGACACAUGCCGGUUCAUACAGGCGCCCGGCCGUUUGUCUGCAAGAUUUGUGGCAAGGGUUUCCGUCAGGCGAGUACCCUUUGCCGACACAAGAUCAUCCACACCGCUGAAAAGCCGCACAAGUGCGUGACGUGCGGCAAGGCCUUCAAUCGUAGUUCUACCCUCAAUACCCACACGCGCAUACAUGCCAAUUUCAAGCCGUUUGUCUGCGAGUUCUGCGGCAAGGGCUUCCAUCAGAAAGGUAACUACAAGAACCACAAGCUCACGCAUAGCGGCGAGAAAGCGUACAAGUGCAACAUUUGCAACAAAGCGUUUCAUCAGAUUUACAAUCUGACCUUCCAUAUGCAUACGCACAACGACAAGAAGCCGUUCUCCUGCAAGAUCUGCGGCAAGGGCUUUUGCAGAAACUUUGACCUCAAGAAACACAUGCGGAAGCUGCAUGACGCGGGUUCGCCAGUGCUUAACGGAUUGGAUGCCUCGGGCCAGAAUCACAAUCAACAAUCGGGCUAUUCAUCAGUGUACCACGGUCCAGAACAUUCUAUUGUCAGUCCAUUUAUACUUCCCCCACCUGGAUCCACCAGUUAUCACUCUCUGAGUAAGAUGUUGUGACAAAGCGAGAAUAUACACUAUCCCAGAAAAACUCAAUAUCCGCUCAUUCUUGGCUCACCUUGCUACUCAACUGACAUGAGUCAGUUGGCGCAAACUUCUAAAUGAAGGGUAAAGAAGGCGCCACAGAUUCGUUCGAUUUAUUCUUACUUGGAACGAAUAUUUCUCAUUUAGUCACAAAAAUGAGCCGAAAGAUAUAUUUCUGAUGUAUCUUGUUGAAAAUGUAUAGAAUCUCAAAAAAGUAAAUUUACGGAUAAGAUUUUUAAAUGUGACAGGUGUUUUAAUACAACAAGAAACAAUAUUAAUAUUUUAUAAUUUGUUCGAUAAAUUUUCGACAACUCUGCUCAUCCUUAAAAUGAUUAAAAUUGAAUUGAAACAAAGUUAACGAACUGACUCAAAUAAAUUUGUCAUUCUAUCUUCUUAUUUUCUCUUGCACGUCGAGAAUGUGUCUUACUUAUAUAUCUACUUACUUAUAUGUCGAGAAAAAAGUAUUUCUAAUUUUCUAUUUUUAUAAUGUAAUCGCGAUAAAGUUGUUUAAAAGUUAUUCUUUCA